UCAAAUUAAAACUUUUUAUUGCCUGUAAUAGGAACACACGUGUUUCAGUGGUGUUUGUUUAAAGUAUCUUUACAAGUCUUGCAUAUCAAAUAGUUUAAAAGCAAGGGAAGGAACUGUUUGUGCAAUGUUUAAAAUCCCAUGUCCUAUCUAAAAUUACAACUCACAAGAGUUUAAAGACUGCGGAGUAUAGUUUUGCGGUGCAUCUCUGGAUACGCAAUUAUUUGGAGUGAUCUAAGACACCCUGGAUAUGAGCGGCAACAUAUCAAAAGCGCGGGCAUGGACCAUCGUCACCGUGCUUCUAUGUGCCGCUUUAGUCGGUAUCGGCCUCGGUUUGGGACUUGGACUCAGGAAGUCCGACAGUCCACCGCCCCCGCCGUCGUACACGGAGCAGCCGGGAGUGACAUUACCGACUCCGUCGCCGCUCUACAACCCGCCGUCCGAUUCUCCGGAAGGAAAGUAUCGUUUUGCGGCCGUCGCCGCCGACAACGAUGAGUGCUCGAAGAUCGGAAAUGAGGUAAUGGCGGUACAGGGUGGGACAGCAGUGGACGCGGCGGUGGCGGCCAUCUUGUGCGUCGGCGUCCAUAAUAUGAUGAGUUGCGGCAUCGGCGGUGGUCACUUCCUCACCUACUAUAACAGAUCCUCCGGCAACGUUUUCUCGGUAAUCGCCCGAGAACAGGCGCCGUCGGGAGCCGACCGUGACAUGUUCACCGCCGACAAGAACACGUCUUCUACUGCAGGUGGAUUGGCGAUCGGUAUACCGGGAGAAAUAAAGGGUCUAUAUAAGGCGUGGGAGCUGGGUGGACGGUUGCCAUGGAAACAAGUUUUACAGCCAGCUGUUAGGCUGUGUAAAGAGGGAUUUAAAGUUGGACACGCUCUUGCUGUUGCAAUAAGUGAGAGUUCAGGCAGAUUCUUUCCGGAUUAUCCAAAUUUGAGCAACCUACUGACUAACCCAGCGACCAACUCCCAUUACAAGGAAGGCGAUAUUAUGAAGGCCCCUAAACUAGGCAAGACCCUCGAGACGAUUGCGGAAGAGGGGCCGGACGCCUUCUAUACUGGGAGCCUCUCGCAGGAUAUCGUUGCUGAUAUACGGGAAGCAGGUGGCAUCAUAACGGCAGAAGAUCUUGCUAACUAUACCGCGCUGGUAGAAGAGCCGCUCAAAUUCCGGCUAGAUUCGGGUCACAUGGUCUACUCUCCGCGACCACCCUCCAGUGGGGCCGUCUACAUGUUCAUUCUCAACAUACUUAAUGGGUUCAAUUUUUCUAACGACAGCGUAUCAACCGUGCCAGAAGCGACGAAAUCGUGGCACCGCAUGGUUGAAGCGUUUAAACACGCCUACUCGUUGCGCACGCAACUUGGCGACAACCACGUGGGAACGCCUGCAUUCCGAGAAUAUGUGAAUGAGCUAGUACGAAAUAUGACGGACGCAAGUUUCGGCGAAGCACGGCGUCAAAUGAUCAACGAUAGCACCACGUUCGGGACGGACUAUUACCAACCGAUGUUCUCAAACGUAUGGGACCAUGGAACCUCCCAUCUUUCCGUCGUAGGGCCGAACGGGGAUGCUGUCUCCAUCACCAGUACCGUUAAUCUCUAUUUUGGUUCCAAAGUGGUCGGAAACCGUACGGGAAUAGUGUUUAAUAACGAAAUGGACGAUUUCUCAACGCCCGGCACUAUUAACUAUUUCGGCGUACCCGCCUCAGAGGCAAACUUUAUUGAACCUUGGAAACGCCCCCUAUCAUCAAUGUGCCCAAGUUUGGUGGUGAACAGCUCAGGUGAUGUGCAGCUCGUGAUUGGCGCUUCCGGUGGAACAAGGAUUACCCCCGCAACAGCGUUUGUGACGAUCGGGACUCUACAGUGGGGGUGGGGAAUCAAAGAGGCGAUAGACUACCCUAGGGCUCACCACCAGCUCUUCCCACAAACCAUCCAGAUACAGAAAGGAUUCCCGGAGGCAGUGAUAGAUGGGUUACGGGCGAUGGGACACAAUAUAACAAUGGUAGACAGCGCUAACUGUGUGGUCCAGGGAAUCCUUAGACGCGGGGAUUACAUAAUGGCCAACUGUGACUACCGAAAAGAUGGGGCACCGGACGGUUAUUAACAACCGUUAUCACGUUCUAGUUGGCUUAUGUGAUGAAGUUAUUUAACAAUAGUGAUGUGAUAUCACGUAUGCCAUCAACAGCAGAAAUAGCAUUAUUUGUGUUCUAACAACAGUGAUACGUUAUUUAAGGAUUGAUUCUUAUUUUUUGUGCUUUCAUGCAGUAUGAACGCU